AGAUACCCAAGCUCAGCCGGGCGCGGGCGCGCACGCCAUGGUUGAGGAUGCCACGCCAGGGUGCGCGGCGAAAGCAGCGCGAGCGCGGGCUUGGCCAAUCCAAGGCCGAGGAAUCAAAGAAGAGGCCGGCGCCGAACGACCGUGAUGCCAAAGAGAGCAAAUCGAAGCCACGGGUUUCUUGCCCCGUUGACAUUGAGGCAGCGCUGAGCUCCUGCGACCAGCCGAGCGAGAAGUUGUUCGAGUUGGCCAAUCGCCCCUCGCUGUGCCUGCGGAUCGGGGGCUCUGUCCUGGAGGUGUCGCAAGACAGAUCCACGCAGGAGCACAGCGGAGGCGUCGUUUGGGAGACCGCAUUCUUCCUCCUGCGGUAUUUGGAGCGAGAGGUUCUUCCAGGUCUCGGCCGACGUCUCCGAGUCGUGGAGCUGGGCGCUGGCUGCGGGCUGCUGGGGCUUGGGCUGGCGCGCCUGGGCUGCGAGGUGGUCCUCACGGACCAGCCGUUGGCCCUGCCGAACUUGCGGCACAAUGCUGAGGGAUCCGGUGCGGAGGUGCAGGUGCUGAGCUGGGGGGAUGUUGAGCACAUGGAAGCCGUCAGGCGACAAGGCCCCUUUGAUCUGGUGGUCGGCUCGGACGUGGUCUUCGCUCUCCGCUUUGUCGAGCCGCUACUGCAGACCAUCGGAGCCCUGCUGCAGGACUCUGGCACCUGCUGGUUGUGUCUGCAGAGGCGCGACCCGGAUGCGCAUGCGCUGCUCAUGCAGAAGGCUGCGGAGGCCUUCGAGGUGCAAGAGCUCUCCUUCGAAGGCUUGCAAGGCCUAGAGGCGGCGCAGGAGUUGGAGUGCUUGCUCCUGCGCCUCACGCGCCGACCGGCGAUUCAGCAGGUGCCUGGCUCUGGCGCAGGCGAGCGGAAGGAUCCGAAGCGACGGACGGGCAAGGAGCAAAAAGUCCCGCCCUGCCGCCGCAACCCGCGCCGGUGGCUCUAG